UCCGAGACAAGUCCGAGUCCAAAUACCAGCGAGAUCGAGACAAGUCCGAGACCAUAGAUAAACAGUCUCGGGUCUGGACUCGAGUCUAAGACCGGACUUGAGUACUACAGCCCUGCACGGGACCCCCAUUUGUGAUGGUCUGGCUCUAAGGCUGGCAAAAAAUAAGUGAGUUCAGGGUUGAAAUAUAAGGAGAAACUUUGAAUUAAUAUUCAGAGUAACAGCUGAAUAUAAUACUAUAUACUGCCGUACUUUAUAAACACAAAGCAAAACCAGUCAAAAUAGUAUAAAGACUCUUAGAUAUGUUUAUAAUGAGUCGGGGAAACAUGGAGCUAUUACCAAUACCUGAGUUGUGUUUUUAGAUGUGGAACAGGUUUUCAUUUUGCAUGAGAAUGUAGAAAAGCUUGAUAACUCCUCCCAGUGUUGUUAAGCCAUUCAACACCUUUUUAUAAGAGUCACAGGUAAGUCACAGUCAGACAGGUGUCGCAGAGAGGUGACAUGGCGCAGAGAAGCAUUCAACUGGACCAGGAAAGAAUUUCUUGCUCCAUCUGCCUGGAUCUCCUGCAGGACCCGGUGACUAUUCCCUGUGGACACAGCUACUGCAUGAACUGUGUUAAAGCCCACUGGGACAAAGAGGACCGUGAGUGCAUCUACAGCUGUCCUCAGUGCAGGGAGACCUUCACACCGAGGCCUGUCCUGGUUAAAAGCACCAUGUUAGCAGAUUUAGUGGAGGAGCUGAAGAAGACCGGACUCCAGGCCGCUCCUGCUGAUCACUGCUAUGCUGGACCUGAAGACGUGGCCUGUGAUGUCUGCACCGGGAGACGACUCAAAGCCAUCAAGUCCUGUCUGGUGUGUGUGGCUUCUUUCUGUGAGAAACACCUUCAGCCUCAUUAUGAAUCAGAGACAUUCAAGAAACACAAGCUGGUGGAGCCCUCCAAGGGUCUUGAGGAGAACAUCUGCUCUCUGGACACACGUGAAGGCCGUGAAACCGUCUCGGCGUCAGCUGAAGUCGCCGUGAAGCCGAGGAAGUUGAAGAUUCAACAACACAUCCAGGGCAGAGAGACACAAGAGCCCGAGACCAAAGCUGAAUUCUUAAAAUACUCACGUGAGAUCACACUGGAUCCAAACACGGUGAACAAAUAUCUGCUGUUAUACGGGGGGGAAAGAAAAGCCACGGUAACGAUUGAGCAACAGCCUUAUGCCAGUCACCCAGACAGAUUCACAGAUCUCUGGCAGGUCCUGAGUAGAGAGACUCUGACUGGACGUUGUUACUGGGAGGUGGACUGGAGAAGGAGACCGGGUAACGUAGCAGUCGCAUACGAGACCAUCAGCAGAGCCGGGAGGUCCAGCGAAUGUGUGUUCGGGGGAAAUGAUAAGUCUUGGGCGUUGUAUUGCGGCAACAUGAGUUACACCUUUCUGCACAACAAUGUCCAGACCCCCGUCUCAGGGCCUUGGUCCUCCAGAGUGGGAGUGUACCUGGAUCACGGUGCAGGUGUCCUGUCCUUCUACAGCGUCUCUGGUGACACCAUGACCCUCCUCCACAGAGUCCAGACCACGUUCACUCAGCCGCUCCACGCUGGACUCUGGUUCAAUUAUUACAAAGACACGGCUGAGUUGUGUCAACUGAAAUAGACAGAAGUCUUUUUAAAGAUGAACUGAAAAAAAUACUAAACAUUUUUAUUAAAAAAAUCUUUUAACGGUUAAAUUUGGCGUCCAUUUUGCCUCCAUGUUUGUUUCUGAGACCUGGUUAUUCACUGCUCAGAGAUCAGCUGUCAAUCAAUCAUUAUGGGAUGUACAUUGACAUGUCGCAUGGCUACCAUAGCCAAUAAAACUUUAACAAUUCAUCACUGGGUGCUGAUAAGACUCUGACAUCACAAUACUGCACUAAUGCAACCUGCACAACAG